UUUGCAACACUCGGAAGUGCUUCUUCCCCAAGAGAAGUUACAAAACGGGGAGACAGUUAUUACAACAAAGGAAGAUGAUUUUGAUGAUUCAGAGACCUCAGAAUUCAAUUGCAAUCAUCUGAGCUUCGGAGAUGCGAUAUUUGCCAUGUUUCUAGUGGCUCCUCUUGUGGUGGGCAUGUGGCGUAGUACGUGGGGCAUCAUGGAACUGCACCGGAACAUGUUCCCCAACGUGCAGAUCUACCUCCUCGGUAUGCUGAUACAUAUAUCUUUUGCGUUGGUCAGGUCCUAUUUAUUAUCAAGAUCACGAUCAACAAAAGAGAAUAAACCGAAAUUCCACUGGAUUAGAGAACGAGUGUUGUCUAGGGUCUACGGUUAUAUCUUCAUCUUGUCUUGUAUAAUGCAUUGGCGCGGCGGCUGGGGAAUAUUCGACAUGCUCGUAGCUGCUGUAAUACCUGAAGAGAAUGACCCUCACAGGCCUGUGUUGAUAGGAGCACUGACUUUGUUUAUGUACGCGAGUACUGCCGCAGUUCGCGCCGCGAGGAACCUCCUCGCGAGUCCAUAUUUCCUCGUCACUGACGGAAAGGAAGCCACGUACCAGUUCGACACCAGAUUCCGGAGACAAACGAGUCGGGAGAUGGCACUGUACGUGCUGGACUGCAUCUUUUCGGUGACGGUGGUGGGUUCGCUGGUGGUGUUCGUGUGGCGAGGCUCCUGGGCACUGCUCGACAUCUUCUUGUAUCCGGAUGACCAGGUCCGCUCCUUCUGGACCUCUUUGGUGGGUGGGUACGUAGUAGUCCUGGUGACGUUCGUGCUGCAAGUGCCGAUGCGGUGGGCGGCGGCGCGGCUGCACGGCGCCCCGCGCCUGCUGCUGGUCGAUGUCUACCAUCUUAUGUCCUUUGUGGCGACUGUCAACGUGUGGCGAGGAGUAUGGGGAUUGCUCGAUGUGUAUUACUUUCCAGAUCGACCAAAAUUUAGCAACUGGUCAAUACACAUAAUCAGUCUAACAUUGCUCAUUUUACUUAACUGCUCCAACUCCAUACUCGUCAGAGGAGUGUACAUCGAUGCAGAGGAACCCGCGGGAGACUGCGUCGUAUUCCCCUGUCAUUACCUUAGACUCUUCUUCCACAAAGAGAGAACUAAAAAGAGACACAGCAGGGUACUGGCGGCGGCCGCGCUCUCCGCCGCCAGGAAAACGGAAGAAGCGAGCAUGUUGCAAACGCCAGAGGAAAAAGUCUAGAACUUUCUAUAGACUGCAGUGUUGUUACUUAGUUAUAUAUCCAGUGGCAAUCAGUACUGUCCGUUAUUACUGGUAUUGUUAUUUUGACAGACAUUUAAAUAAUAUAUAGACUGGGCAUAGUUAACAACGUUUUUUCACCGGUACUUUCUCUGAAAGGUAACGAGUUUAGUGUAACUCUAUGUAUUGAUAUGCAAUUAAACAUUUUACAAAAUCAAAAUAGACUCCAUCUUUUCUUAUAAAAUAGACAGUAUUAAAAAAAUAUUAUUUUAAAUACAGUUAAUUAUAUUGAUGUAUGGAUUUGACGAUCUAUGCCUCCUCUAUAUAUAUUUUUAAUCUCUUUGUAUUUUAUAAUUAUUAAAAGCGAGAUGUUUUUGAAAAAAACAUUUUGUCUGUUACUGCAUUUUUGUUACACCAAGAAUUGUAAAAUGUUAAAAAGUAUUUUAACUUUACAUCGUUAAGUAGGAACUUAACGGUUUUAAGUUAGUAAUUUAGUUACAUUUUCUUCUUGAUAAUUUGUUGUUAUUUUUUAUAUCUUCAUUCUUUGAGAUUAAGGUCAGAGCUCUAUCCUGCCUCUUAGAUAUAUUCUUUUUCUAUAUAUUUACAUGCACAUAGAUCUUGAGAAUUAUUUUUAUUACAAAGUACCGUUUAUUUUAUGUUUUUUUAUAAUUCUGUUCGAUUGUGCCAUAGAUUGCAUUAUCAAUUUUAUUAAAUCACCUCAUUUAUGGCUCGAUAAUUGCAUUUAUAUUGAUUAGAAUUCUUCAAAUUUUUGCCAUUUCGUUUAGCGCUGGCGCUUUAAGAAAUCGUGGAAACGUAUAUUUUCUUUAUUUAAGUUUGUUAACUGUGGUCUUCGAAACAGUUGUAUAUAAUAUUGUUAUCUGUUAGAAAAGACAGAAAACAAUACAAGGCUUUUGUCGCGGAAUUUCACGGUUAUUUAUUUAAGUUUUAUUAAUAAUGCAUCAGUAUUGGUGGAAUGUUGCUUUUACUACAAAGUGAACCUCUUGAACGACCAAAAAAAAAUUAAAAACGUGUAAAAAUUUAAAUCGCUUCUAUCUUUUUUGGAGCGAAAAUUAUUAAACAAUUGUGUAUAAUCUGCUGAUUUAUUAACACUUUGUCCAGUAUUACUGUCAAAAUCAAAAUUAUUGUUAUUAAUAAUUAAAAAGAAUAGUUAUGAAAACAUUCUUCAAAGAAAACUAACAUUGACUUGAACUUUAAACUAUAAAUGAAUUUUAUUAUGCUAAAAAGAAAGAAUUUGUAAUUUGUCAUCUUUAUGUUAUAUGUCUUAAUAUUAAGACUAUUAACUGUUAUUUCUUUUGUUAAAUAAGAGAGAAAACCGAUUUUGUUCAAAGAUUUCUUAGUAUAUAAUAGUAAAUAAGCGAAUUAUAAAUAUAAGUUUGAGCAGGUGUUGAGAUCUAAGUCAAAGUGAUCAUUCCACAUUUUGUAUUAUAUUUUAUAUAGUUAGUAGAAAUAGUUUGUAAGUCUAUGUAAAUAAUGUACCUACGUCGUUGUGAAAGCAAAGUAUUUAAUAAAAUAAUUAAUAAUUUAA